AUGUCAUCCGCUCUCAAUCGUGUCCGCGGCCUCUCGAGGGUAUCCUCGCUGAGAGCUGCGCAUCUGCUCGGUCAUAGCUGGCGCAAGGAUUAUCAUCGCAGCAAUAAUCUUGUCGCGCGUGAAUCUUCUUAUUCCUUCCAGCGGAAUACUCACCGAGCAAGCAAACAUUCAUAUGGAACAGAAGCUCCUCUCUCUUGCUCUGAACACAUCACGACCAAUAUUCACCCCCGUGUCAAUAACAACAAGGACUCAAAAGAUCGAACUGGCCCUCCUCCAUCACAGCCAACUUCCCAGUCGACAUUACAAAACACAACCACGUUCAAGCCCCAACUAGAGGAUUGCCAACCCACGAAGACCCUCGACGACUUUAAGUCAAGAACGAACGAAAGAAGGCGAUCAUUAAAACAAAUCCCCACGCCUUCCGAGUACCUCAGUAAAACCCUUCAAAAACAUGUUUUCGAACAGGAGGGGCAUUCGAGUCUCCGCACCUUUCACUAUGGCACAAGAAAAACAUACGGUCGACCCCGGCAGAUGAUCUCUCUGCAGGCUACAUUGGCGGAAUACAUACGAUUGGUGGACCCGCUCGUUUCUGGCGCUCCCUCGCACGCUACUCUAUCCGAGGUACGCAAUGACUUGGACAUUGCGCUUGCGCAUGUGUUUAGGCCAGAGAAUCGUGAGUAUCUUGCAGCGCGAGGCUAUGACAUUGAGGAUGUGGUUUCUUGGGCGUGGAUCAUGAAGAGCCAGAAUGCUCGCCGGGCGAUCGCCCGGAUGUUUGCUCUACAAGGCGACGGUACAUCCAGACAAUUGGAGAUCCCUGUGUUCAUUCCUUUGUUUUUGUUGAAAGAGCAUCACCUUGAUGCGCAGUCUUUUCGACUGCUUCUCGUGCAUGCCUUACACUUGAUGAGUGGCCAUCCACCUCCAUCUGUCGACUCUCUGUACGCAGCUUCAGGAGAUAUUGAAGAACCGGCUUCAAGCAAAUAUCACCCCCGCAUUACUUUAGGGACAUGUGUGACGCUCGUUAGUCGUUUGGUUCGACAUGCACGCCAGGUGUGGCCCCGUGCGCUUCCGACAAUUGCCACCAUAUUCUCCCGUUUUUUGACCAGAUCUCACACAAAAAAGACCGAGGAGUCUAAUAUGAGUAUGCAAAAGCUCAACCGUGGAAGUACAGAGAAGUUUAACACUUGCCUCUGGCUACUGUCAAUGCCUACCAAAGUCAAUCCUUUCCGCGCGGCCUCAAUUCAGCAGCAAGCGCAGUUUGAAAUUCUCAAGUCCAUGGCAUCUCACAAGCCAGUGCUUCCCCUCUCUCGAAAGGGCUACCAAGCAAUUGUUGCUGUUCAACUAGCUCACAAAAAGACGCUUGCUGAGCGCCAAUCGGCCGAAUUGAAAUCGCCAUCGUGGCCUCCGUGGAAAGAGGAGAAAUUGGGCAUGGAUGCACAACGUGGAAACGAGGGGCUGCAAAGUCGUGCAAUGAACGUCUUAUCUCAAAUGACGGAGGCAGGCUACUCCCAUCGAGUUUGGGAGAAGACCUCUUCCAUUCUGGCCGGUUGGGAUACUGACCGCAGUCCAACAAUCCAAACAAGGACCUUGGUUCCUCGGUCAAGCUCUCUUUCUCGUGCUAGCGAUGAUGAGAUCGAUAAUUACGCUGCCAUCUGGGCAGCCCGAAUUCGUGCAACUAGGACCAUACGCGAAGCGUGGGCUUGCUUUUUGGCUUAUCAAGACAAGGGCCUUCCUCCUAAACUCACCGUCUACGCUGAGAUGUGUGCCAAAUUGAUUUACCGCCAAAUGGCAAUCAAAGGGCGCGUUGAUGAGAUUGGACAGGCUCUGCCUGGUGAUGGCCCUGAAGUUCAUGCUGAACCUGCGUCUGCCCGUGACAUCAUUUACGUACAUACAGAGCCACCGACCGUGGAAGACCUGGUCCAGGAAAUGUUCUCUCAUGGAUUUCGACCGUCGGGUAGAUUCUUGGCUCUUCUGCUUCGAUCUGCUCCCACAUUUCGCACGGGCUUAGGAUAUCUGCGGCGCAGUGAUCUCUCCGAAAAACAAAUUGCGGCUCUGUGCGUCAUCUGGGGUCACCCUUCGCAAUGUCCGGCCCCUUAUCUCAAGACUCUUGGUUCACUGCCAGAUACGGUGUUUGUCUCGUUUAUCAAGCUUUUGUGCACCCGUUCCAAGUCAAUUCGCAUGAAAAUGGCUGGUCGAUAUGCUCUUUCGCCCAACGACUUCCCUGCGUUGACUGAGAACACCCAGACCCGCGAGCCCCUCGCUGCCCUCUCGGACUUCUCUGAAGAACUUGGACAGUGGCGGCAUCCACGUGCUUUGUGGCAUGCAGUUCAAUUGGUCAAGCUACGGCAGCCGUACUGUCAUUCUGCCUGGGUUCACAUUCUUGAUACAAUGAGCACCGAACGUGUGAACAAAAAGCAUACAGACCGUACCCGCUGUUUGUAUCGCAUUAUUGGAUGGCAUGAGACUCUUGCGGUACUGCGGUUGAUGAAAGCACGGGACGUGCAUCCUGGAUCGCAGGGAUUCAAGGCACUGUGUAUUGCUUUCAAAAAGGCGGUCGACGCUGGAAUUAGACAUCCUGGGCUUGUGGAAGAGGCUUUGGGUUUGGUAAACAAGGCGACCCAAAGCGACCAAUAUCUAAGCUCUGACCUGGACGCUUUCAACGAUAUGGUCGAAGCUGGUCUCAAAGUCCUCAAAGACGAGUUUGAGUGUCUUGUCCUCCCAAGUUCAGCCAUGCCAGAUCUUGUAGAGCAUAGCGUGUUCGUGGCAGAACAAACAGACCAAUUCCAACUAAAAGUCCCACUCGGCUUGCACGUCCCAUCAUUUGUGACGUUGCACAGUUUUGUCGGGGCUCUUGGAAUAGCUGGAGACGAUGAUGGGCUAUUGCAUCUCCUGCACUGGAUGAGUCGAUCAUUCUCUGAACUCAGUGAAGCCUCUCAAGAGCGCCAGAACGGAACCAAGAAUAUGCGUCUUACCCUGGUGGCGACGCGGACGUAUCUAGAGCAGUUGCAGUCGAAAUCAAAACUGCGGGAAGGAUACGAUAUCUUCCAUAAAACAGGUUGGGAAUGGCCCACCGACGAAGAGGUCGAAGAAUAUAGUCAGGGAUUGUACAAAUAG